AUGUCUAAAAUAGAACCCGUUCCCGAGAAAGAAGAAGAAUACGUUUCCGAAUGGGAUAGAAGAAGAUAUGUCCCUAAAGCAGGUGAACCUGAAUUACCUCCCCAAUUAUCAGAGUUCUCUAACAAGACUACCGAUGAAGUAAUUGAGGAAUUGAAUAGAUUGCCAUUUUUCAUGACAAAGUUAGAUGAAACUGAUGGAGACGGAGGAGAAAAUGUAAACUUGGAAGCACUUAAAAGUUUAGCAUAUGAGGGGGAUCCUGACGAAAUUGCUUCCAAUUUUAAAAAUCAAGGGAAUGAUUGUUACAAAGUGAAAAAAUAUAAUGAUGCAAUUAUAUUUUACACCAAAGGUCUCGAAAUAAACUGUGAUGUGGAUUCAAUCAAUUCAGCAUUGUACUUGAAUCGUGCUGCUUGUAACUUGGAAUUGAAAAAUUACCGUCGUUGCAUUGAAGAUUGUAAAAAAGUAUUAAUGCUUGAUGAGAAGAAUAUCAAAGCUUGCUUCCGAUCCGGAAAAGCAUUCUAUGCAAUUGAAAAAUACGAUGAAGCAAUUAAGGUACUUGAAUAUGGUCUCAAUGUAGACCCAGAGAAUAGAGAUUUGCAGAAACUAUUACAGCAAGUUCAAAAGAGACAAGAAACUUUAGCUCAACUCAAGGCCAAAAAAGUGCAAGAGGAGGAACAGGAGAAAUUGAAAAAUAUCGUGUUGGAGAAUUCUAUAAAAUUAAGACACAUUGAAAUAGUUAAAACCUCAUCUCCUCCAGAAGUAUUGAAAACUGCAAAGAUACGAUUGGAGGACCCUAAGGAUUAUCAAUCACAAUUAAUAUUUCCUGCUAUGAUAUUAUACCCCACCAACGAUGAAUUUGACUUCAUUGCAGAAAUCAGUGAACUAACCACUCCUUUGGAAUUGCUAGAAAUGGUAUUAAAUAGGCCCAGGGAAUGGUUUGAUGAUCCAAAACACAAGGAUUUCAGUGUCAAGAAAUUGGAAUGCUUUAUGGAAACUGACACCGGUGGCUUGAUUAAAGUGGGCAAGAAAAUUGAAAUUAACAAUGCUUUGAUGAAUGAGAAGCCCAAGGCACCAUUGUUUGAUAAUGCAUUAAGGCUUUAUGUCGUUCCAAAAACAGACGUCUCCAAAUGGACAUCUGAAUGGAACAAAGAAACCGCCUUAGCAGCUCGUAAAUAG